AUGUACCAAAUCCGUUACAACUGCACCCCCUCUGACGACACUGAUCGAAACACGCCAUCUGACAUGCGUUUCGCCCUUGCCCUUCCUCAGUUCAUUCCCGGCGCAUUGACCGGCGUGGGUCACCGCAACUCGCGCCGGCCAAUCACCGCCGCCUUUAGCACGUGCUCGCCCUUAUCCGACCACUAUCUUUACAGGGACGGCGGCGGAGACGGCGGAGAGAGGCGCGUCGGCUCCCGACGCGUGCCCAGCCUGCGCCUAGCGAACGGCCGGGUGGCCGCGGCUCAGUCCGAAGAAGAGAUCCGCUCGCCGCCACCGCGCCGCCUAGCCAAGGAUGACUCGAUCAAGAUCAGCAUCGAGAACACCAACACGUGCACCGACUCGCUGGUGACCGCGCUCGAUGACGAGACCCUGCUCAUCGCGGACUACUUCUCCAACGACAUGAAUUACAAGGGUAGCGGCAAGGUGCACUUCGAGGUGGAGGAUGUCUCGCUGUACGGCACCCCCAAAGAGGAGCCUGGGCCCACCCCCCUGGGCUCCUCCGAGGCCGGCAAGCAGAGUUUCAUCAAGAAUCAGCUGCAGGCCCUCUUCCAGCCCACCGACAACAAGCUGGCCAUGAAACUGUUCGGAUCGAAGAAGGCGUUGAUGAAGGAGCGGAUCAGACAGAAGGCCGCCGGACAUUGGGUGAUACAUCCUUGCUCCAGCUUCCGGUGA